AUGCCUGCCAUCCCCACCUCCACCUCCGUCAGCGAGUCUGCCGUCAUCGACGCGCCCUUCAGCGAUGUCUGGCACCUGAUCAAGCUCCAGGACUUCAGCAAGUUCUGGUCGAAGCUCGAGAAGAGCGAGUUCGUCAAGGGUGCUUCCCCCGAGACCGACGUCGUUCAGUGGACGUUCAAGGAUGGUCAGACCCUCGAGGUCAAGCAGGAGGAGCACUCCAGCAUCGACCACUUCAUCACCUAUUCCGUCAUCUCUGCUAAGCCCGAGCUGAGCUACACCUCGGUCGUCUCCACCAUCCGCGCAUACCCCGUUACCUCCGGCAAGCACGAGGGCCAGACCUUCAUCACCUGGACUGGCAACUUCUCGUCCGACGCUGACGCGAGUGUCAUCCAGGACGCCAAGUUCAAGCGCCGCGAGGCCCUCGAGGACCUUGCCAAGGCCGCAUCGAAGAAAUAG